AUGAUGGAACAUGAUUAUUCUUCUACUACGGAAUCAAAAACAUCCAUGAUGAUACAUGCCAUUCAUCAACAAGAUGGCAAUUCGAAUCAUGGUGAUGUUGAGGACAACACCAACAGUUCGACUCAUGAUGAAAUUAGUAACAGCACUCAUAUUCUUCAAUCCUCUCAACAUGAAAUGAUGGAAGAAGUAGAGUUGAAUCAUCAUCAAGAACAAGUGGAAACAACCACAAUAACAUCAGAUGAAGAAAUAACCGAAAAUAGUCAUCAACCGCUUUUUUCUUCUCAAAAAGAUGAAUGUAUCAUCUUGAUGAAUGACCAUUCAUCAUCAGAGGAAACAACAACAACAUUGAAUCUAUCUUCAUCACCUCAUACCUCAACUCUACUGGGAAAUACAACACAACAACAUCCUAAAGGCAAUCACCGCUCGUUACCACCCAUUGAUACUAGUAGAAAUUUACAAUUGAAUUUAGAAUUUUCAUACGAUCGAAGAGCAACACCUGUUUCAAGUCGUCUUCGUCGUCGUCAUCAUCAUGGUAGAAACAGCAAUCACACGAGAGAUUCAUUGGUUUCACAACAACAUGAAAGUUCACUCUCAUCAGCAAAUAGUCCUGUAAUGGACAUGAUGAUGGACUCAGCAGAAAUGGACACCAACAACACUACCACCAUCAAUCUCACCAACAACACAUCAAGUGCUGAUGAUGAAUCUUCAUCAUUUUCAAAUAAUGGAGAGGAUAUGAUGAUUACAAACGACGCCAUAACAGCCACUACUGAAUCUAUCUCAUCAGCGUUGACAUCAACUCCCACUCGAGUAGUAGUGGCCACUGAUCAUCAUCGAGUCAUCACUUCACAGUCUUCGUUGUCUGCUGGAGUCUCACCCUUUCUCUUUCCAUCACCAGGUGAAAUGUUCACCACCACUUUGACCACCACUGCCACAGGUCAACAUUCUGGUUCAUCAACAACUCGUGAGAAUGACAUGAUGAUGAACGAUGAAGAGAAUGGAAGAAUGAUGAUGGAAAGUACUUUUUCAACAACAACAACCACCGAAGAGUUUAAUGAGGAAAGUAUUGCUGGUAAUUUGACUGGUAGUCAUAGAAUGAUCAGUUUAAACUCAUCAACCAGUGAUCAUGCUCUCUCAUUGUCCUCAAUGGAUCAUCUCGAAACAACAGCAACAAGACAUUCACUGAACGAUGACACCACCACCACCACCACUCAUCAUUCAAUUCCUUCAUUACACUCCACUCCGAACCAACGUUGUCCUCCUGCAACCUCUCUCCAAAACCCUUCACAACAACAGUCAUUACAACCUCAACCACCUCUACAACAACCAUUACUGCAACCUCAACCACCUCUACAAUCACCACCACUACAAUCACCACUUGAUUUGGAAUCUCUCUUGAUCCAUCCUUCCUCACAAGUUCCAUCCAAUGUUCCAGAUAUUCCCAAUCAUUUUCAAUGUCCAAUUACAAAGCUCAUCAUGCACGCUCCUGUGAAGAAUAUCUAUGACAAGACCUAUGAAAGAGAAAGUAUUGAACAGUGGUGGAAAACAUUACAUACAAAGCAACAACCAUUCACUGAUCCUUUAACGAAUCAAAAUGUAUCCGAUCGAACAUUACAUGAAGAUGUGGAUUUAAAAAAUCAAAUUCAAGAAUUCUUAAAUGAAAAUCCUCAUCUCAGAUUCUCAAUCAAUGAAAUCUACUUUCCAAAACAAAUUAUUAGAGAGAUGAAAAUAGCCAUUGAUAAUGACAACAUUGAGAGAGUGAGAUUUUUACUUUCUCAGUUUCCUGCAAACUUCUUUGUUCAAACCAAAUUUCCAAUACCUCAUUCAACUCAUGGAAAACCAUCAAGAAGUGAAAAAGAAACCUCUGUUUCCAUCUUUGACUGUUUAUAUCGAAAAUUUAAGAAUGUCUAUGAUGCAAAGAUUCAAAAGAGUCCAAUGACACAACAAUCAUUGAUCAUGGCUAGUUGUUGUUCGAUCGAUACAAAUUUGAAGACAUUGAACACUACCACUAGCACUGGCAAUACCACCACCAGUAGCACCACCAAUAGUACUCGUUCAGAAACAACAAGUGGUAAUGCUAUUUCUUCUGAAUGUAGUAGUAGUAAUAAUACAACAGGAGUAUCAGGAGUAGCUGCAUCAUCAGUGAAUAUCACCAUUCCAAUGCAAUCUCCUGAUGUCAUUGAUAGGAACCACAACUCUCAUGUCCACUUCAAAGAAGAAGAUUUUAUUCAAUCUGAUCCUAUUCUUGCACUCAUUUUAAAACAAUACAAGAUUGUACGAGAGUAUUGUAUCGCAAGACAACAAAGUACAUCAAAAGUAGAACGUAGUGAAUACAAGAUUAUGGAAAAUGCAAUCAAAGAUGGUUUAAAGAAUAUAUUUGUGAAUAGUGUGAGAAUGUUUCCAAGUACAUCGAUCAUUGAUUGGUUAAUUUCAAUGGGCGCUUCUCUUUCAUCGACUAAUCAAUUUAGACAAAAUGCAUUCCAUAUGGCAUGUAUGACUGAUCAAUUGGAGAUUGCCAAACAUUUAUAUCAUUUGAAUUAUCAAGCACUUGGAAGUGUCAUUGAGAACAGUCAAGUACCAACAAGUACUACUUCUACUAAUACAACUAGUAAUAGUAGUUGCAAUAAUCAAACCACCACCCUCACCACUACUACUAUGAUGACGACUACUACUACAACUAGUAGCAGCAACAAUUCAACUACUUUGCACCAUGGUGGAGCUGAUCUGAUACAACCAUCCAUCUCUGUAUCAACCCAUUCCACUCAAUCAUCGACAACAACAACAAAUAUCGUUGAAGAACGAUUAUCUGAUGAAGUGAAACGAAAAUGGAAUGCCUUCUAUUUAGCCAUUUGGCAUAACAGUAAUCGAAUUGUGGAAUGGAUGAUCAAUGAUCCUCAUCUAUCAUCCAAAUUCCUCUCAAAGAAACUCAAAUGUAUGGUCAAAGACAAGUCUAACAUUUAUCAUCCUAUGAAUGCAUUGAGUUUGGCUGUUUAUAAGAGAAAUAUUCCUCUCGUAGAGACAUUAAUUACCAAAUUUGGAUUUGAUGUAUCAGACGAAAAGCUCCAUCCAAUCUAUUGGUCAUGCAUUGCCAACGAUUUGAACGGAUUUGAAUGGAUUUGUGAUUUUAUAUUGAAAAAUUAUGGACCUGAUGCUCUUAGAAAACAAUUAAAAUCAAUUAAUGAGAGAGCAUUUAGACGAUCACUCAUUCAUGCCAUUUCAAUGGAAGCAUCAGAUGAAAUGAUGGAAUACUUGUUACAAAAAUGUAAAGAAUUUGAUGUAUUGGAUGUAGUGAUUAAUAGUCAAGAUAAUUUUGGAAACACUGCACUUCACUAUGCAUGUGAAAAGUCAAAAACUAAAACGAUUCAAUGUCUCAUUCGAGAAGGAAUUGCACAUGAAUGUAUCAAUCGACAAGGUAAAACAGCAAGUCAAUGUUGUAAAACAGAUGAUGAUCGUAUAAUUUUACAGAAGGCAAUUCGAGAAGAACGUGAAUUAUUGAAAAAGACUAUGAAUCGAGUGAAAGAUUUGGAAGAUGAUGUUUCAUUUCUAAAGAGAAAGUUAUUAGAGAUGGAACAAGUGUUGUUUGUGAAAUCAAACAAGAAGAAUAAAGAAGAUGACGACGAUGGCGGUCACGACCAACAACGUCGUUGA